AAAUAGAAUUUAUAAGUAAUAAAUAUUUUGAAAAAAAUUAGGGUAAUGGCGAAAUGAAUUUUUUUAUGUAAAUUUAUAUGAAACAAAUAAUUAAUUCGUAUCAAAUUUCUGGCCACACACCAAACUAGACACCAAAUGUUCGUAUAUUUUUCGUGAUCUCAAUUUUGCUUCAAACAAUAGUAUAAAAUUUUCGAUAUAUUAACCAUUCCGAACAAUUUUGCCUCCGACAUGAAAGCGAUAGGAAAAAGGUCAUUCCAAUACACAGGCACAUUUAUACAGCUUCAUAAGAAUGUGUCGCACAGCGACUGUGAAUGUGGUACUAAGAAUAGAAGUAGAAGGAGAAGAGAAAAAGGUUUCGUCACAUUAUAAGCUUCGUUGCAUGCCAUUUGUUCACAAACGUUUCAGUAUAGUCGAAGCACUGAAACGACUAACAUUGUCCGAAAAAUUGUCGAUACGUUUUAAGCAAAAUAAAAGUGUGGUCGUUGUUGUUGCUUUUCGAUUACUUAAGACCAAGAUGAAUUCAAAUCAUAUCCCAGAGGGAUUCAAACGUCGAGACGAUAAUCGUCCGAAACCGCCACCCUUUAUCCAUCCAGAAGUAAUUGAACUCAGUGAUGAGGAUGACGACGACAGGGAAAAAUAUAAAAUGUCUCAAAACUUAAGCUUUCUCGACGUAAAAAGGGAAGAAUUGGUAACACAAACAGAGGAGUGUGAUGAAGAGGAUGAUCCUGCACAAGGAAACAUUGAAAAUCAGGAAGAAGCGAUUGCUGAUAAUGAACCGUAUGCAUCGCCAGGCUUCAAAUCACCAGGAUGUCAAUCAAUUAGCCAUGCAUCUAGUGGCAUUGGAUCGUCGAGAGAUCCUUCGCCGUUGGACUAUGAUGAUAUCGAUUUAGAUUUGGCACUAUCUGGUCUACAUUAUCAAAAUUCGAACAAUCCAUCGCCAAAGGUACAAGAUACAAAGACGAAUAAAAUAACAACGGAUAAAAUGAAAGAGCGUAAACAUUUCUUUCAACAAAAUCAAAUGGACUACUUUCCACUUGCAAAUUCAACAAAUAAUUAUUCGUUCGUAGUACAAGAAUCAUCGCAAAAUUUGCCUUCACCACAAACGCCACAUGAAUCAAACAUUGAAAUGUAUGAAAACUCGAAUUACAACAACAACAACAACAACAACAAUCAUGCUGAUUCGACUGACAGUUAUAUGAAAAUACCGAACAUGAAAGGCGCAUUUUCAUCGAUUUACAAUCAGUCUGAGUCCAAUAAAAAUACAGCGGGAAAUAUCAAGAAUUUGGUCGAGGAGAAAAUGAAGGAAUUUAAGGAUGAAAUGAUGGAUAAAUGUAAAAAAGAAAUGUUGGAUGAAUAUCAAAAAAUGAAGGAUGAAUUUGGUGAGUUAAAAAGCUUAGUGAAAUAUUACAAACGAAAAGCGGAAAUCCGUACGAAACGUCGUUCCAAUGACAAUGGGCAUCGUUCCGAUGAAAAGAAACGCAGAAUAAGCCAUGAACGUCGAACAAGCACAGUCACAUCGGGCAGUUAUAAAAGGGAGCUCAAUGGUAUGCCAAAGCUUGUUGAUUAUGAAAGUGAUACGACAUCUGAUACAGCCAGCACUGCAUCAGUUGAAUCUAAUAUAUCCACGAUUGAGCCGAAGCAAAAGCAUGCACAAAAAUCAGAUGCUUCAACGUCCUAUCAAAGUGGAGCCUCGUCGUCAAAUUCGGCACAGAAAUCACACCAUCAUCAUUCAUCAAAUACAACGUCACAACAUCGAAGCUCAAAUCAUACAAAUUUGAGUCGAGGUCGGUACCACAGCAGCAGUUCUUCUGAAGUACCAAAAAAUGUGGACAAGUCUUUUUAUUUGAGCGGAAAUGUCUCGCGUUGCUGCCCAAUUUGUGGAAAAUACUUAAAGCGAAUGGUACACCAUUUCAAGACAGUCCAUCCACAAUUCGAAGUUUAUAUAUCACGUAUUUCGCCUGAAAUGGUGGAAGCAGCGAAAACCGCUGAAAAUCGUGGUGUUAAACACAUUAAGAAAUCUGUGCAAUAUAUCAAAGCACUUUGUUUAUUUUGUGGCGAAAAAAGAAAUUUUAUGCCACAUUAUUGGAUCGAUCAUUUUCGCAGCCAUACUGGUGAAUAUACCAAUGAAUGUUAUCUCUGCCAAAAAGCGGUCAGUUUCUACACACAUUGCGGCAUGCCAACGAUUCGAAAUCAGAAUGAAGUGAAUUUGGGACAAACUAGUCUGUACGCGCACAUGUGUAAUAAAUGCAAUUUCAUCCAAAUUGACGAAAAAAAUAUGCGAAAUCAUGUGAUAAAGCAACAUGGAAAGAAAGACAACAUUGAGCAAUAUUAUCGAGAAAUAUCGCUGAUGCCAUCGAUGAAAAAACUACCAUUUGUACUUAAUCCAGAUGAAGUACAAAUCGUGCCGAAACAAAAUGAAGGUAGCACAUUUAGCACAUCAGCAUAUCGUAGACUCAGCACUAGUCAUGUUCAAAAUUAUCAGAUAUCACAACCCAAGCCAUCAACGAGCGGCAUUCGAGUUUUGGAUACUCAAAUCAUUCGUCCAGCAAAUACAAGUUUCGAUCACCAAAUUCAGAAUUACCCUUCAAUGCCUAUUAUUGAUCCCAUUGAAGAAUGUGAUGCUCAAGAACCACAAGCAGGCAAUGCAGCAUCACCAGCAACAUUAAAUUUGAAAAUUGAUGCCGAAGAAGAGCAGAAUUUGUUGAAUGUUCAUAAAAAUUAUAAUGAAAUUAUGGCCACAUUCAAAGUCAGUGUACGACCAUGGAUAGAUGAAGAUUAUGCUAAAAAGCCGAGAAUAAAUUUGCUUACUCAGUUUGCAUUGUACAAAUGUAUGCAAGAGAGAUGCAUUUUUGCGACCGAUGACGAGGAUAAGUGGACGGCACAUAUGAAAAUGCACAUUAAUUGGAUAGAUGUGCUCACAAAAAAACUGGGAAAAAAUUUCACAAAGAAUCUGCGAGAUAAAUAUAUUGGCUUCAGAGAUUGUUCAUAUUGUGGUGAAAUUUCAAAAAGCGAUAUAUAUUUCCUUCAACAUAUGAAUGAGCGUCAUCGUUUCAGUGCUUUCCAGUGUUCAUACUGUUUUUAUCGGACAAAUGAACUAGACAACGUUGUCUUACAUUAUGAACGUCUCCACAAAGACAAGGAUGCCAACGUCUUAUUAUGCAGCGAACAACGUGAAAUGGAAGACAAAGAUUAUGACUUGCUCGAAAAUGACUGUACCGAAAAUAUUAAGAAAUUCAUGUGCGGCCAAGUUGGCUGUCAAUAUGACUUUGCUUGCUGGAACAGUUUUUACGCACAUGUACGUAAAGACCAUGCAAAUAUAUAUCAAUGUCCACAUUGUAUUCAAACUGUAGACACUCGUGAAGUGGAUAACAUUAAAAACCAUUUGAUAAAACACACUGACAUCUACGAAUCACACGAAAUUGCCGAAUUUCAAUGUAUUUUUUGUAAUAAUCCGGAGAAAAUAGCAUUUCAUGACAUCAACGACAUAAAAAUGCAUAUGUCAUUGAUGCAUCCAUCACAUUUUCUAUUUGUUGGUGCACGUCAAUCGACCAACCUUGACAAUGACACAAUGUGUGACAUUCAAAUCGUUUAUGUUGGCGAUAUCUAUGACCAUAAACCAUAUUCGCUGUAUAAAUGUUCAAAUCCCGAUAUUUUGAAUAGUAUGAAUCCGAAUGUAUUGGAUGCACGGCUACAGUUGGAGAUACAACGAACUAUGAUUCCAACAAUGGAUCGAUUCACGGCAUCAAUACCAAUCAAUUUCAACGAAAGAGAAAAUUUCUCCGCCGUUCCAUAUAGGGAUUAUGUGAAUUAUACACAAUCAAAUUUGCAUCGUAACCAGCAAGAAUUUGAACAAGAAGAAGACGUUACCAUUCAAAAUCCAAAAGAAACAGUCCAACCGACUGAAGUGAAGCCGUUACCAAAUCAAAGUCCACAAUUGAAUGUGAAACCAGUCGAAGUACAACGGGUUCAAACACAAAGCUCUACUCCUUCGCCAUUCAAAAAAAUCAAUAUCACAUACAAAUGCAUUAGUAACAACACAGCGCACGAAUUGAAACGAAAAAGAAAUGACUCGUAUAAGAGCCAACUGUGCAAGGAUUGUUUACAAUUCCAGCUAGUAAACGAUGCGACUGGAAUGACGCCAUUUUUGAACCAUUUGAUGAACCAUCGUGCUGAUGAGAGUCAAAAAAUGUUGUGUGGCCAAAAAACCUCAGAUCCGAAAAACAUUCUCGAACAUCGUGUUAAAGUACAUGGAAAAGAAGCCAUCAAUUAUUUACAAGAGGAAAAGAGUGAAUCGACAUUGGUCUAUAAAUUGGUUGAAUGUAAAUUCCGAUGCCGGGAUUGUGAAAAUCAAGAGUUUGAAACGGUAUCACAAACUGUUCGACACCACAAAACAUAUCAUACCGAUCGUUAUAUGCAUGCCAAAAUCAUUCAUGAAUUUACAGUAAUUGAAUCGAAUGAUCCGAAUCAACCUAUUACACACGAAAGCAUUAUCGAGGAGAAACAUUUCCAAUUAAGUCAACUGUUUAUCUGUGUUCGUGAUUCUGAAAAUUUGGGCACAAAGAAAGAACUACUGGACCAUCACAAUCGCAAACAUGCCAAACAACCACUUGAAUUCAACAUCAAAUCAUUUAUAAUCGAUUACCAGCCAAUGGCAGAGGACCAAUAUCAAAUGUUUGUGUUUGAGUGCAUGCAUUGUUUGGAUCUUUUCGAUUCAAUCGACAGUAUACAUGCGCAUAUCGACAAAAUUGAUGCAAACGAUGAGAAGAAAAGAGCUGGCUAUACAAUGCGAAAAUUGUACGCAUGUACACAUUGUAACCAGGACAUUAUAGUCAGUACAUAUAAUGGGUUGCGUAUGCACCAUUCAUCGAUGCAUUCCGAUAACAAGUUUAUGGCAGCCAACAUUAUUCACUCAAAACAAUGCGGCAUUUGUGAUAACAAAUCCUCAAAUCAUGGACAAGAUCAUCCACCGUAUGACAUCUUGAAUAUGAGAUCUUUGAGAAAAUUGGGACUGGAUAAAACUGAUCCUGUCAAUUGUGCAUUUGCACCUGAAUGCUGUCCGGAUAAUCACUUUGAUGACAUUGCGAAUUUGAUUUUUCACGUCUCGCAAUGUCCAUCAUCCAAUCGGCUCAUGUGUAAUGAUUGUGGUGGCAUGAAAUUUCAAAAUUUAAACACUCUUAUCGAACACCGACAGAAUUCACACGAUGAAGAUAUGGACGCGAUACUGGAUUUUGUUGCGGACUUUUGGAGUCCAAAGAAGACUAGAACUAUAUUUGCUAAGCUGCAAGUUAUAUUUAAGGAUGCCAAACUAUUUACGGUGAGCUUGCAAGCCAUUGGACACGUCAACUUUACGAAAAAAGUUUGGGAUAAAAUCGAUGAAAAUGCGACUUUAAUAUGCGCGAGAGAAAAAGAAUAUAUUACCUAAUAUAGCGGAUUAGCAGUCUCUUUGAUCUUUUUAUAUUUGAAAAUUAUAUAUGUAUACGUACAUUAGAUAAAUGGUUAAAUUUAGAACCAUAAUUGCAGUUCAGACCAUAACACAUCUGACCAUAUAUCAAUCCAAACAUUUUUCUUCACGAUAAACAUUUAUUAAAACGAUCAAUCAAAUUGAAUAAUAGAUAAGCUAGAAUUGUAACCAUUCUUAUUUGACCAUUUUUUAAAUGAAACCCAAAUGAAGUAUUAUUAACUAUUGAUAAUUUUGCAAAAAUGGCAUUGGCAAAUUGAAUUUUGAAAACGCCAUUAAUUUACACCAUUUCUAGUGCCUAUUUAGUAUUUUUUGGCCUUAAAUUUGAAUAUCAAAACAAUAAAUGUUGAAUUGUGUUUGAGACAAAUAAAAAACAAUGAAUAUUAAACGUGGAAAAUAAAAAAUAAUA